GGAAAGAGGCCGACAAUGUCGUGCGCCGUUGUACGUCAUCACGCAAUGUUUUCAUCACCACGUCACGUGGACAACACUGUUCAACAACCGAGUAUGUCAACUGAGAGCAUUCUUUUCUCUGACAGGUCUGCAGUGACAGGAGACUCAGAGAGAAUGGAUGGAUUUCCUGUGAAGAUGACAGAGGCAGUGUGUCUUGGGGCCAGCCUUACCCUCUCAGGCAUCUGCUACUAUCUCUAUAGGAAGAGCCGGACAACACUAGAUAAACUGGAUGAUGCUCCACACUUCACCAUAGAUGGAAAACUCAAAGACAUUUUGAAAGUUACUCCAGGAGCGUGUCUACAGUAUGCUGUCAUUGAAGGUGCUGUGCACCCAGUAGGCGAGCCUCUGACAAGUCCCUUCCAAAAAGACUUUGUCGGGGUGUUGCAGAAAUUCAUGUUGAGAGAACACAGGCUGGUGUGGAAUGGGCUUUCACGCACUUGGACGGACAGUGAACGAGUCUUGCACCAAAGAGUGAAUGCAGUGCCCUUUGUGUUAGUGGGAUCAAAUGAGACCGCAGUCAAAGUCCUGUGCCCUCUGCAGGCCUCUGGAGUGCACAUGGAGACUACCCAUGAGAAGUUCCACCAGGUCAACUACGGCUUGGGUGACAUCAUAGGACAAUACCUCAGUGGGGAGAAGCUUAAAGGGCAACUGGAGACCGAGGAAAUGCUCAAAGUCAGUUUUUAGAUGAGAAACUAAUGUUAACUUCUA